AAGAUCUGAAACAAGAAAUGAAUAUACCUAACAUAUGUAUUAUUUGUAAUUGAAGAUGGAAAUUUCAUCGACAUAUUGGAAAUUUUUUGAAGUUUUGAACUUUUAUUUAAUCGAAUUUAAUGCUCCACUUGUCGACUUUUCAAACUAUUACUGAACAAAUUACUCCUCAGGCCACCAGGCUCGUCGUUGAAAACGCGGUUAGGUACUUGCCUGAUUUCAAAUUUGAAAGUUUUCAAAACAAAGUCCGUUGAUAAGCUGAUUUCUUGUGAUUAUAAAUGCAAUUUGGAUGUAAUUUUACCACCCGAGUUCCAAGUUAUAUUUCGGAGUGUUCGAGUGUAUAGAAUUUUUGACCAAUGGCAGAAGUAACAGAAAUUUUACCUAUUCGUUUUGAUUCAGCAACAAGAUCCUGUAUUUAAGAUUACACAGAUAUAAAUAUGAAUGUAUCUAGACAGUGUUUCAAGAUCAUCAUCUUGGUGGCAUGUAUUGCUCUGGGUUUUAUUAUAUUCUCAGCGUCGAAAAACAAAUUGAUGAAAAGUGGUCUAGCAACAAAUCAAAAUCCAAUCUUAAGCAGCGUGUUUUCAGCCAUUGGAUCAUCAGCAGUUGAAAACGAUACAAUUACAUGCAUAAAAGAAUGCCCAGCAUCCAUGCUGUAUCGCACUCUUUGUCCCUGUCUUAACAAAAAACUGAAUAGAUUGAUGAAAACUUUGGGUUCAAUUCAAUAUGAUGUAGCAGCUGACAGACGUUCUCUCCGCGAGUACAUAGAUCAUUCUUUAUUGUUGGAAGAAGAGGCUUUAACUGCUGAAAAUAUUGCUGAUAUCGAGCAUGCGAGCUUGUUUGCUGAAAAGCUAAAGUUGCAUCAAUUCAAUGUGGAAACACUGUUGACAAUACAUAGGAUUGCUCUUGCUCAAGACAGCAAAAUCGCUGGAAAAAUUAGAUCUCAUCCUAUGUUUGUGCCAAAAGGACCCGGGGAUAUAUUCCUGAGAAUGCCAGAACCAGAGGAGCUGGAUAUCUCACUAGAAAAUUACUUUAGAUGGUUCCAUUCCGAGUUGGAACAAAAAUCAACCCAUCCGAUAGUAUUUGCAGCAAUGGCAAAAUUACUUUUCAUUAGAAUCCAUCCGUUUUCUGAUGGUAACGGACGGGUCUCAAGAAUUCUACUGAAUGUAAUAUUACGCAAAACAUUACUGCCGUUUUGGACUUUCAUACCCAGCAACGAAAUUACCAAAUAUUAUAAUGUGAUAGGUGAUGUUGAAGAAAGAUUAAAUUUGGUGCCAUAUUUAAGCUAUGUUAUAACGUGUAUAGAACGUUCGUUGACGUUGUAUUUGGAAGACCAAAAAAAUCAAAGGAUUGAACUAUAACCACUGAUGAAACAUAAUUAUAAAGAAAAAUUUAUUUUAUAAUCGUUUUUUGUAGUGAUACCAUUAGUGUAAUGUUCAAAACAAACACAAUAUGAAAACAUCCCUCUCAAUUGUUUGUUUUAUUCCAUGGAUCAACUUUGUCUGUGUAGUUCAUAUUAAUAAUGUUUCCUAUUUCUGUGUUAAUUUUUUCCAUGUGCUUUUUGCAAAUUUGUAUUGUAAAUUAAAUUUUUUGAUGAUAUUG